UAAGUAGUUAGUAUAUGUUAUACUUUGUUUGCAACAAUUUAUAAUUGAAAGUGGUAUGACUAAUUUGAUAUUUGGAGUCGGUAUAGGAUUGUUCCUUAUUUUAGUUCUUUGGGCUUUAGCUCUAUUGAUAUUUAUUAUUUCUUUAAGAAUUGAAAAAAAAAUUGGUAUUAUUGCUAUAUUUAUAGUUAGUAUAUGCACCAUCAUUUUAAUUACAUUGCCAAGAGCAUCAGGAAAACCUAUUAUAAGUAAUAAAAAGAUAUAUGAUCAUUUAUUUAUUUGGCGCAUUUUAUUACUCAUUUUAUUAAUAAUAUCAUCUAUAAUUGGUUUAAUGGGAUACAUUAAAUUUGUAAUAACAGAAUCUAUCAGACCAAUUCGAAUUAUUAAUUGGGUUUUCUAAAAAUUUAUCAAUUUAUGAUAGCAAAAAUAUGAUAAACAAAAAUAUUUUUUAUUAAUUACGUAAAAUAUAUAUUAGAAAAAAAAGAAUGUUUUAAUCUUAUUUAUAUUUAAUAUUUAUUAUUUAUUUCUUUAUUUAAAUAACAAUUUAUAACACAUAAUAAUUUAAAAAGUUAUAAAAUGUUGUGUAAUACUAUUAAACUUUCAAAAAUUUUAGUAAGAUAUAUUUCUUCAUCAUAUCAAAAAAAUAAACAAUUUGAAAUAAAUAACAAUAAUGAAUUUGUUAGUAAAGUAAUGAAUAGUUCUGUACCUGUUAUUGUGAAUUUUCAUGCUGAAUGGUGUGAUCCUUGUAAAAUUCUCACACCUAAAUUAAUAGAAUUAAUAGGCCCAAUGGAUAAAUUAAAUCUUGCCAUUGUAAAUUUAGAAUCAAAUCCAGAAUUAGUACAUAUUUUUGAAGUGAAAGCUGUACCAGCUAUUAUAGCAAUUUCAAGUGGAUUGGUUGUAGAUAAAUUUGUGGGUUUAACUGAUUUAGAUAUUAUAGAAAAUUUAAUACAAAAACUUACUAAUAUAUCUUUAAAUUCUGAAAAUAAUAAAAAAGAAGUUUAAUAUUCAUUAUAUGUAUUAUAUAAAAUCAUCAUAAUAAAUAAAUAAACAUAUUUUUAUAAUUUA